CGAGCUGAAGUGGCGGCGGCGGCGGAGUCACUCACGACCUGCGCCUGUCGUGCAGCAUGUGGGCUUUGCUGAAGCGCCCCGUCACGGUGACUGCGGACAUCAAUGUGACCGGCCUGGCGCUCACUGCGGUCGCCCUGCUGAGCCGGCUGUGGCGACUCACCUACCCCCGGGCCGUGGUCUUUGAUGAAGUGUAUUAUGGGCAGUACAUCUCUUUCUACAUGAAGCGGAUCUUCUUUCUGGAUGCCAGUGGACCACCAUUUGGCCACAUGCUGCUGGCCUUGGGAGGUUACUUAGGAGGAUUUGAUGGUAACUUUGUGUGGAACAGAAUUGGAGCAGAAUACAGCAGCAAUGUGCCCGUGUGGUCACUGCGUCUGCUGCCUGCCCUCGCCGGAGCCUUUACAGUGCCCAUGGCCUACCAGAUCGUGUGGGAGCUCGGCUUCACUCACUGUGCUGCCAUGGGAGCAGCUCUGCUGGUGCUGAUCGAGAAUGCACUCAUCACUCAGUCUCGGCUCAUGCUUCUGGAAUCAGCACUGAUAUUCUUUAACUUACUGGCUGUGCUCUCCUACUUGAAGUUCUCCAACUUCCAAAAGCACAGGCCCUUCUCUCUGAGCUGGUGGUUCUGGCUGAUGCUGACGGGGGUGGCCUGCGCCUGUGCGGUCGGCAUCAAGUACAUGGGCUUUUUCACGUACCUGCUCGUGCUCACUGUGGCCUCUGUCCAUGCCUGGAACCUGAUAGGAGACCAGACUCUGUCACACGUUCGUGUGUUCUGUCACCUGCUGGCCAGAGCAGUGGCCCUGUUGGUCAUCCCGGUGGUCAUGUACUUGCUGUUUUUCUACAUCCACUUGAUGCUGCUCUGCCGCUCUGGGCCCCAUGACCAGAUCAUGUCCAGUGCCUUCCAGGCCAGCCUGGAGGGAGGGCUAGCUCGGAUCACACAAGGCCAGCCCCUGGAGGUGGCCUAUGGGUCCCAGAUCACUCUGAGGAAUGUCUUUGGCAAAGUUAUGCCCUGUUGGCUUCAUUCUCACCAGAGCACCUACCCCAUGAUAUAUGAGAAUGGCCGGGGCAGUUCCCACCAACAACAGGUCACCUGUUAUCCAUUCAAAGAUGUCAACAACUGGUGGAUUGUGAAGGAUCCAGGGAGGCACCAGCUAGUGGUGAGCAACCCCCCGAGACCUGUGCGGCACGGCGACAUUGUCCAGCUGGUGCAUGGCAUGACCACCCGCUUCCUCAACACGCAUGACGUGGCAGCCCCUCUGAGCCCGCACUCACAGGAGGUGUCCUGCUAUGUCGACUAUAACAUCUCCAUGCCAGCCCAGAACCUCUGGAGACUGGACAUUGUAAAUAGAGAGUCGGAUGGGGAAAUUUGGAAGACCAUCCUAUCAGAGGUGCGCUUGGUGCAUGUGAACACAUCCGCCAUCUUGAAGCUGAGUGGGGCACAUCUUCCAGAUUGGGGGUUUCGGCAGCUGGAGGUCGUUGGGGAGAAGCCUUUGCGGGGCUACCACGAGAGCAUGGUGUGGAAUGUGGAGGAGCAUCGGUAUGGCCAGAGUCAGGAGCAGAAGGAGAGAGAGCUGGAGCUGCACACACCUACUCAGAUCGACAUCAGCAGAAACCUGAGCUUCAUGGCCAGAUUUUCAGAGCUGCAGUGGAGGAUGCUGACAGUGAAGGCUGAGGAUUCAGAGCACAAGUACAGCUCCACACCACUAGACUGGGUCACCCUGGACACCAACAUCGCUUACUGGUUACACCCCAAAACCAGUGCUCAGAUCCACCUGCUGGGGAACCUAGUGAUCUGGGCUUCAGCCAGCCUGGCCACAUUGGUAUACACCUUACUCUUCUUCUGGUAUCUGCUCAGACGCCGGAGAAACAUCCAUGACCUCCCCGACGAUGCCUGGCUGCGCUGGGUGUCAGCUGGGACUCUCUGUGCUGGAGGCUGGGCGGUGAACUACCUCCCCUUCUUUCUGAUGGAGAAGACGCUCUUCCUCUACCACUACCUGCCUGCACUCACCUUCCAGAUCCUUCUGCUUCCCGUGGUCCUGCAGCACAUCAGUGAGCAUCUGUGCAGGUCUCAGCUCCAGAGGAGCCUCUUCAGUGCUCUGGUUGUCGCCUGGUACUCUUCUGCCUGUCACAUGUUUAACAUGCUGCGCCCACUAACCUACGGGGACAGGUCACUGUCACCAAGUGAACUCAUGGCCCUUCGUUGGAAAGAUAGCUGGGACAUCUUGAUCCGAAAAUACUAGGAUAUAAAUGUGGCAGAGAAUGGCCUAGCCAGGGUUAUGACAAGGUAGAAUAAUCUUUUUUAUAAAUGUCUGUUUUUAACAGAAUAGCUCUACACUUAAGAGGCCAGACACACUCAGCAAGGAUUUCAUUAUGGUGUCAUUUGAACAGUCCUCUGAGGAGUACAUCAUUUUUAACAUAAUUUUUCCCAGGCAGUAAUGAACAUAAUCCUCCAUACCCACUAACUCCUGAGAAAACCCACACCGAGACACACUGAGGGACUGAUGGGGGGCUACGACAGGAAAACCAAGGUGUCAGGUUAUGGCAGGUGAGUUAGGGUCCAGCUGAGAUGCAAGUUGAGGAUUUGAUGGAUGAGUCUGGCUUGCCCUCCGGGUACCCACUCAGCCUGCAGAACUACAGCCCUUGUCCCUUAGGAACCUUGAGGACAAUUUCCAUUGUCUCCUGGAUUAAACAUGCCACUGAUCAGCAAGUCUCUAUGAGGCACAGGAACGUGGGUCACUGUAGGAGACCAUGUGUCUCCUUUUGCUGACCCUUUUUAAAGCCCUUCCAUAGGAUUUUAAGACUGUUAGUCAAGUUUUGUGUCACCUAUGCAUUUCCUGUUCUGAAUGUGCCUUCUGUGUAAUUAAAAAAGGGACAAAUGGCA